AACAGGAAGUGGGACAGAGCUAAAAGGAGACACACAGGUGAGAAGAUCAGAAUUGAAGGCCUCGUGGAGCAAAAUGUGCCAAACUAGGAGGAAGAUGAAGAAACAAGCUUUGAGUUUGUAACAAACCGGCUGAUCUAUGGCCCAUGAUAGGAAUAACAUACUCCUCUCUCUCCUGCUUGGAAGCCAUUUCCUGGCUGGGAAUCAUCCCGCAGACAAGUGCCUGCUGCCCCAUCGAGUUGAACCCCUCUGGGAUUGCGGUGCGAUACGGAGACCCCGUGUCCAUCAACUGCAGCACAUCUGACCCCAUGUACAAAGGGAUGGGUUGGGAGGCUCCAGAGGGGGACACGGGGCUGAAACUGGUCCAUCAUUUGACUUGGAGUGUCGACGCACUCAAGACGUGGAAUAGCUCGCCCAUAUGCUUCCUCAGCCCAGUGCCCAAAAGCGGGCGACAGCAGUGCUCCAAGAAGCCGAACGUGGUCGUUUACACGUUUCCACAAAAGAUCUUCAUCCAAGCCAACAGUUCUCUUGUAAAGGAAGGAGAGUCGAUUCAACUGAAAUGUGUCGUCGGCACGAUAGCGCCGAUUCAAAGUGUCGCUGUGCGGUGGUACAACGGCCAAACGGUCAUUGAGGAACGACACUUUGAGGGGUCCAUUAUGGGACCCGUUGAUCUCGUUUCGGACUAUGACUAUCAAUCGAGACAGCAGCGGCUUGUUAAGCUCAAAUGCGAGGCAGUGUUGGACCUGACACCCGAGGGGCCACAACUCAGUGUAUUUUCACCUGAGUUCCAUCUCACUGUUGAAUAUGACAUAGAACUGACGUGUCCAAGUAAUUACACCGCAGUGGAGUACGCUGUUCACAACCUCUCCUGCUCCGUGGAGGGCGGGUCUCCCGAAACUCUGAUCACCUGGUACAAAGACGGAGAUGAGGUGGAGUUGUCGGAGACGCUGACAAGAUACGACGCCGGGCAGUACGUCAUCGUUGCCAUCUCGUUCUCAAGCACGGUCAACGCCACGGUGGACCUCAACGUUGUAUAUCCGCCGUCACAGAUAGAGGAGCUGGAGGACGUUGAAGUAGAGUUGGGCUCAGAAGUAUGUCUCAAGUGCUCCACCAGAGGCAACCCGCGACCCGAGUACUCCUGGAGUGCACCCACUUGGCUAAAUGUAGCUCAAGUCGAUGAAGAUGGAGUUUCACGUCUGCAGAUCCCAAAUGUGACUUCACACCACACGGGAGUCUACACGUGCCACGGCAGUAACAAGAGAGGGACUGUGUCUAAACAAGUCACAGUGAGUGUAAAUGAGUGUGAGCCCGGCUGGUUUCGGUGUCCAAGUGGUAUCUGCAUCACGUCUUAUCGGAAGUGUAACGGAGAGGACGACUGCGGUGAUGGGAGCGACGAAAACUUCUGUGGAGAGCAUCAGGAAUGCCCCAUUAGGAUACACCCAGAGACCCUGGUGCUGCAGUACAAGGGCGAAAGCCAGAAUGCCACUUGCACGUUCACCGGCUCCAGUAACGUCCAAGCCAUAGCCUGGCACGUGGGGCAAAUCUUGCACCGCAAUGAAACUUGGACCCCGGACACCAACAAGGACUGGGACUCUGUUCCUCUCUGCACAGCAUUCUUCAAAGGGCAACGAACUUGCCAGAAGUCUCUCAACUUCACCCUCUACAAAACGCCGGACAGCGUCACCGUCCGUCCAGUCAACAACGCGACGGAGGGCGAGCAGUGCCAGCUGCAUUGUGACAUCAUCAACGUGGCUCCCGCUCAAAGCCUCAUUGUGCGUUGGUAUCAAGGCAAUCAAACCAUUGAACCGUCACUCAGAGAGCCUCUGCGAUUGGCCGACUGCCCGCAUGACACGAACAUUUCAUGUGAUCUGGGCACGACCGGGACGCCGGUGAACGUGUCUGCCAGCGCUAGCUUCUUCCUCAACCGAACCCAUCAUGAAGCGGCUUUAAGUUGCGAGGUGCACUUGGAGCUGGGACCGGCGGGACCGCAGCUGUCACCCUCCGUGAUGUCCCGUGCUAUCAGCUUCAGCGUCUAUUACAAGCCAGUCAUCAACACCACGAAGCUCCCGAGAGUCGUCCCACUGUUCCGCGGUUACCCAGAGGAGCUUGUGUGCGAAGCCGACGGUCAACCGCCGCCGAUCAUCUACUGGUCGAACUUCACCAAAAAGACAUCGUGGGAGUUGGGAGGCAACAUCACCGUUUUGGAGGCGGGCCGCUACAUCUGCAUGGCCGUCAAUCAGGUGGCUACGGUCGUCCACGAGGUUGACGUGGUCCCAAAAGAGGACUACUUGCCCCUCAUCGCCGGAUUCGUGGCCGCCACGGUGGUGGUCAUCUCGGCCAUAUUCCUCUUCAUCUACUCUAUCUACUACAAAAACACCAAGAUGCGCCGCUACAGCCUAAAGAAUCCCAAACUCGAUGGCCACAAUGCCAAUGUGGCCCACAAUGGCUGGGACUUGCAGUUCCCUAUGACCAAGUUGUCAUUUGACUACCUAUCAGAUCCUUUUAAAGACUCAGACUUGUGCUGUCGGCCCAAGCCUGCGAGCGCCUCCUGUCCGCUGGAAAUUAUUCCUGCCAGUGUGGUGGUGCCUUUCGGCGGCUCCGUCUCGGCCGUGUGUAAAUCCUCUUCCGACCAAGCGAAGGGAAUGGGUUGGGAGUCUCUGUACGGAGGAAGGGGACUGGUGAAGGGCGUGUCCAACCUCACCUUACAAAUUGAUUCGUUGAAACAUUGGCGCGUGCGUCCCAUCUGCUUUGUCAAUCUCAAUGGUUCCCAGUGUACUAAGAUGUUAGCUGUCACUGUCUACAAAAUGGCGGACAAUGUGUCCAUAUCGUUGAAAAAUUCCGUUGGCCCCAUCGUGGAGGGGAAAAAAUAUGAGGUGCUGUGUGAAGUAAUUCAGGCUGCGCCAAUGCGUCGUGUCUCUUUGGAUUUGCUCUAUGGCAAUAAGACCUUGGACACGAAUUCGAUUGACCAUGUUGAAAACGAUGACCCAGUUUCCAUUUUGAUUGUCUCAACAAUGUUAUCCAAGAGAGAGUAUAAUGGAGGCCAGAUCCGCUGUGCGGCAAAGAUGGACUUUGGUCCAUCAGGGCCAAAUCUUCCAGCGAUAUAUUCGGAGCCGCUCGAGCUGAUUGUGCAAUACCCGCCGACCUUCAGCCAACCAGAGAACGAGACUCUGACUCUCCCCGUUGGCGUCGUUAUGAGUUUAAAUUGCAGCGCCUCAGGAAACCCAGCGCCGGAAUACAGCUGGAAGAUUCCAUACUCAUCCAAAGUGCAGACUGGAACUCGAGCCAUUUUUGACUCGUCUUUCAAGCAUCCCGGCACCUACGAGUGCACCGCCGCUAACUCUGAAGGAGCCGCCACCAAACGCUUCACAGUUAACGAAGCUGCAAGGACUCGAACAACGUUGGCGGUGGUGCUCGGAGUAGUGUUUGUGGCAGUCAUGCUCUGCGUCCUGUGGCUUUUAUUUGUCAGCCCUCAAGGAACAUUUUCUUGCCGCAAGCCCAGUUGUACUCCUGGACACGCUAGGUCAGGUCCUAUACCCCUCUUUCCCUUCUGUGCCCCCACUACACACACACACACACACACACACACACACACUGAAGUCAGCUGGGAUGAAGGGGGCCCUUGUGUCCAACAAGCAUUGUUCCCUGCAGAGUUUGCCAAGCUUGUGCAACUUGGGAUUUUUCUUAUCCGGGGCUCCUUCAGCCGUGAAGUGAACAUGGCCAACAUGGCGUCUCUGCAGUGGAUUAUGGCAGUGUGCAUGUUUUGCUCAGUGUCAGGUGACGGCUGCUCGCUGAUCCUCAAGCCCGCCAGGGUGGUGGUGGGCUUCGGGGAGCCGGUGUCCGUCAGUUGCGAGGCCGCCCGGCCGGUGCGCGUGCUGGGCUGGGAGUCGGCCAUCAGCGCUGCGCACACUCAGCAGGGCCCGAGCGUCCAGUGGAAGGUGGACAGCCUCAUCGACUGGAUCGAGGAGCCCAUCUGCUACGGCGUGUUCUUCACGGCGCCGCGCCAGUGCGAGGAAAAGCUCAACCUCGUCCUCUACAAAAGCCCAGACAGUGUCACGAUCAAGGUGGUGAAUCACACUGGGCCGAUGGUGGCGGGAAAGGAGUACCAGCUGCUGUGUGAGGUCCAGAACGUCGCUCCCGUUCAGUACCUCAACUUGAAGUGGUACAAGGAGCGCAGAGAGGUGUAUAACCGCUCCUUUAUCGACCUCAAUUCUCCCUCGCCGGUGCAAGUCUCCUCUAUCCUCCUCGUCACACCCUCCGAGGCCGACGAUGGCGCUCAGUACAGCUGCGUGGCCGAGCUGGAACUCGGACCGGAGGGACCGCAACCUCCCCCGAACGUCACCUCGGAGCCGCUGAGAGCAUCUGUGUACUUUCCUCCGACGUUCCAAAGUCCCGACGCAGGAAGCGUGGACAUUGCAGAAGGUGGCGAAACGACGCUGAACUGCACCGCCGUGGGGAACCCGGCGCCCGUCUACAGCUGGCAACCCGAGCUGGAGCCGAGGAAGGAGGAGGGCCAAGAAGCCGUGCUCGCCUCCUCCUCGCUGCUGCCUGGAACCUACACUUGCACCGCAUCUAACGCGCUAGGGAAGAAGACCAAGCAGUUCACUGUCAAAGCCAAGAGCAAAGGCAGACAGGGGGAGUGAAACAACCACCAGUGAUUUUUACAACACAUCCAGUAUUUAUACUUAAUUUGUCACGAUGUUAACAUAAAUAGCUGUGUAGUAAUACUAGUGUACAGCAUAUUUACUGUAUUUCCUCAAAUAGUCACUAGCUAUGUCGCAUAAUAGAUGCCAUUACCACAACAGUCUGGCGCAGUGGCAUCUGUAAAGCUGAAGUUCAACACAUAGAUUUAUCCAGCCAUACAUUUUCUAUAUCACAUGUCGUUAUGAGGUGUCAUGGCUGAGCUGGAGUUGACCUGAGCUGACUUGGGGCCAGAAGUGGGGCAUACCUUGGAGUCCUCGCCAGCCAAUGGCAGGACACAUAUCGACAUAACUCACAUUGACGCUUAUGGACGAUUUAGAGUCUGCAGUUAAUGUAACGGGCAUGUUUUUGAAAUGUGCGAGGAAGCCGGGACAACAUUUAAACUCCACACACAGGAAGGCCGGAGUUUCGAACCCAGAACCUCAGAACUGUGAGACAGGCGUACUAACCACUCCCACCGUGCUGCCUGACAUGUAUUUAUUAAAUGCUAAAUAGUGUCUGGAAGAACUCUUGAGUGACAGAUUUUUAAAAUGUAUUAUUAUUAUAUUUUCCUGUACAUUAUUUGAAUAAUAAUAAUAGAAUACAGUGGUGUAUUGAGUUACAAGAUACCACCCUAAAGUCUGUUAGCUUAAUGCUAACACAUAAUGGGAAACUCCAUGGAGGGGCUAACGAAUGGCAUCUAUGUUGCUAUGGAUUUUACUGCAGAUUACUAAAUCACUUACAGUAGUUGAGUGAAUCUCUUCACACAUUUUUCUUUUUUUUAUCAGGGGGGGGGGGGGCUGGAAUGGAUUAAUGGCAUUUAAAUUCAUUUUAGUGGGGAAAGAUGAUUUGAGAUACAAGUGUUUUCAGUUACAGAAUGAAUUAAACUCAUAUCUCAAGGUACCACUGUACAUUGUUAAUAUUCUCAUUAUAAAAAAUGCAUUAGUACAAAUAAAGGCCUCCCUACUAACCACAAAGCAGUUGACUACCAAAUCACUAUUUCAGGGGUAUGCAGUCAUUCUGUUUUCCUGUAAUAUUCUGUUACUAAAGUAAGUUAUGGUGUGUUUCAUAUUGAUAAAAAUCAUCAUGUAACAUUUUACGUCUUUUUAGAUUGUCUUGUUAGAAAUGUAUGCUCGGUAUAAACACAAACUGUUAAAGAUGAGGAAAUGGUCGUCACUGUAAAUAUCGCUUAGUUCGUGAAUUAACAACAUGAUUCUCAAUGUAAUUGGUCAGAAUGUAUGAACAAUUGUGUGUCUUUGGGGAAAACACGUUUCUUUUAUUUAAAAAGAAAAUUUGGAAUCAAGGAAUGAUGUGCUUUCUUUGCAGAGUUUGAUAACCUUUCACACAUUUGCAAAUUCUAAUUUUUUUUGUCAAUAUGUUUUUUACACAAUAAUUAAAAUGCUGUUUCUCUAAUAACAAAUGGGAAAAUAUAUAAUAUAAUGUAUAAAUGCGUAUAAUUUCAUGUGAAUACUAAAUUUAUUUUAAUAACAGGG